UAGUUACAUGGGAAAAGGGAUGGUAAAAAAAGACAAUAGGAGCGGGUUGGGGAGAGGGGCUUAUAAGCCGAAUAACCCGUGUCAUUGCCACAGUUACAUCACUUUUGCGAAGUAUCUCCUGUCCCAUAUGGUAUAAAAGGCAAAAAUAGAUUGGCAGUGAGACGACAGAGAAUUUGGUUGGGCAUGGCUUGACCAGGGGGGAGAGAGGGAGGCCUUGGCCAAUCAUUUUCCCCUUUAUAGAAAACACUUUUCUCCUGCUGCUGGAGCUUCAAGAGCUGUGAGCAGAAAUCUAAUGAGACUCAACUGCCUGAUUAUGUAAUGCUGUAUUACUCUGCUUAAGAUAUUUGCUUUUCUCCAGCUCUCUAUCACCACCACUACCAUGAUUAAUGUAAUUAACCGGGUUAACUGAUUUUAAAAGGGUUGUGUUAAAGAUAACAUUUGAAAUAUUUCAGUCUUUUUGUGCCAUAUGGUACAGUAUCUACCCUCCAGGAAUGGGUAAUAUCUUUCUUACAGUGCAAGGAAGGUUAAACAAAUGGAUAAAUAAUUUUAAAUACUCCAUAUAGCUUCCCUAAUCAGUUCUUCUGUAUCUUAUAUAUGUCAUUUGUAAAUACCUUCUGUUUGCCCUUGAUCUUUCCUUAUCCCCACCCAGUGCUGAUCUAGCAAAAUGUUUAAAGGUUGCCUUAUCAGCUGGUGGUUCUCUUAUCAUGUAAAGAGGGCACAAGGAAAAGAAAAUGUCUUUAGAAGAUCUGAAAUCAACUAUUUAUGGCAAAUUUCAGAAAUUUUGAAGUACUACUGUUUCAGUUUUAAACUACUGUUGCAAUGCAGUGCAAUGAAAAAACAAAAACAAAAUAUGGAAAGAAAUACAACUGUUAAUUUUUAAUAGUUGCUUAAAUGUGGAACUUUAAAUAAUUUAAAAUCUAGCAGUAUAAUUUUCAAGCAUUCACAUUUAACUUUUCGUUUUAAUUUGUAAUUAAAGUUGUACAACAGUUAUUUCACUGCUUCAUAACUGAAGGAAAAAGAUUCCUCUAAGGAUUGCAUAUUCUGGUUGAAUACUGUUUCUAUUGCGGAAUGUAAUUUUUUUUUUCCUAAGGGGUCUUGAUCUGGUAAUUUUAAAAGUUGUAGAAUUAAAGUGGCUUCUUUGCUUAUUCUCGUUAAUGAACUUACAUGUCAUGCCUGUACCUAAUAAUAAAAAUUAUUCUGGAAGGUGACAUAUGUAGGUUUUUAACCUGCCAAAAGAUAGUAUUUAUGACAUUUCUGACUCAGCUGAAGCAGUAUUAUGAGCACUAUAUUAGAUAGCUUUUAACAGAAGGGACUAUUUUAAUCUAAGUAGAGUGAGGAGAAUACUAAGUAUUACAGUUGGAUUCUGUAAACCAUAAUAAAUGGGUUUGGUACAGUAUUAUUGGCAGGUUUUUUAUGGCUCCAGUUAGAUACUAAAGAUACAAUUAUACAAAAUGCAGAUUUUGAAGUGAUCAUUGUUAUAUCUUAGAAAUGUUAUUGGUGCUUUUUAUAGUGUUUUUUUAAUUUAAAAUAUUUAACCUAGUUAGCCUAUAUAGUAUAUGUGAUUCUAGUACUGUAUUGAAGAUACUGUCAGUAAGAAAUAUAACCGGUUUUAGGCAAAGUGUGAAUUUAAUAGGCCUUGUUCAUUUGCUCUUGUACUUUUCUUACUUGGAUUUUUCUUUUUUACCCCCCGUGAAGGAACAACACUACUCAAGGUGAAGAAUAAUAAUCAACUAAAAUCAGCACUUUGAAAACAAUUUUUGCUUUCCUGUGGUAUUUUGAACUUUUUUUCCUGAUCGUUGUGGUUUGAAACAGAGACUGUAAUUUUGUGCUGUAGCAGCUAUGCAGCUUGAAAUACAAGUAGCACUCAAUUUUAUUAUUUCAUAUUUGUACAAUAAGCUUCCCAGACGACGUGUGAACAUUUUUGGAGAAGAACUUGAAAGACUACUUAAGAAGAAGUAUGAAGGGCACUGGUAUCCAGAAAAGCCAUACAAAGGAUCAGGGUUUAGAUGUAUACAUGUAGGCGAAAAAGUGGACCCAGUUAUUGAACAAGCAUCCAAAGAGAGUGGUUUGGACAUUGAUGAUGUUCGUGGCAAUCUGCCUCAGGAUCUUAGUGUUUGGAUUGACCCAUUUGAGGUUUCAUACCAAAUUGGUGAAAAGGGACCAGUGAAAGUGCUUUAUGUGGAUGAUUCCAGUGAAAAUGGAUGUGAACUAGAUAAAGAAAUCAAGAAUAGCUUUAACCCAGAGGCCCAGGUGUUCAUGCCAAUUAGUGACCCCGCAUCUUCUGUGUCAAGCUCUCCUUCGCCUCCCAUUGGUCAUUCUGCCACUGUGAGCCCAACCUUCAUGCCCCGUUCCACUCAGCCUUUAACUUUCACCACUGCCACAUUUGCUGCCACCAAGUUUGGCUCAACCAAAAUGAAGAACAGCAGCCGUACCAACAAGGUUGCCCGCACUUCUCCCACUAAUCUUGGUUUGAAUGUCAAUGAUCUGCUGAAACAGAAAGCUCUUUCAUCCUCCAUGCACUCUCUCUAUGGUCUUGGCCUCAAUAGCCAGCAGGUUUCACAACAGCAACAACCAUCACAACAGCAGCAGAAAACAUCUGCCCUUUCUCCUAACGCAAAGGAGUUCAUUUUCCCUAAUGUACAGGGCCAAGAUAGUACAAACAACCUGUUCCCUGGAGACAAUCCCCUUAACCUUAGUCCUCUCCAGUACAGUAAUGCCUUUGAUAUGUUUGCAGCCUAUGGAGGUCUAAAUGAAAAGUCUUUUGUGGAUGGCUUGAAUUUCAGUUUAAAUAGCAUGCAGUACUCUAACCAGCAAUUCCAGCCUGUAAUGGCUAACUAAACAAAAAUACAAAUCAUAUUGUACAAGUUGAAAUGCACGUACCCAAGGGUGUUAACUUUUUCACCUCUUGAGUUUUUUCUAAAAAGCUUGUAGUAUGAAUACAUUCAAGCUUGGUUAGAUAAGGACAACAUGCAUCUUUUUUUCAUUUGCCAACCAAGCACAAAGUUAUUUUUUACUGACUGUACAUUAAAUAUAUUCAAGAUAUGGCCUCUUACAGUAUUUAAGAUAUAGCAAGGACAGCUGAUUUUUUAUACAUAAAAAAUUGGCACUAAUAAAUGGGUUUAUUGGUCUUUUCUAAUUGUAUAAUUUAAUUUAGUACAAAGUUUGUAAAAUAUCAGAGUAUAUAUUGUUUCUACAACAUGGUAUUGCAUUUUUAUCUUUUUACUACAGUGAUCUGUGACAACUGCAGCAGCUUCAUGUUGUAUUUUUUUUACUGAAAUUAUAAAAUCCAUCUUAAAAAAACAUCAAUUCUAAAAGUGUACAAAAUAUUCCUUAAGUGGUGGAAUUCAAACUGUAUGGAAAACUUUUCCAAGAAAGAAACACAAAUUGUAUUUUCUGUUAAAAAGUUUAAAGAUUUUUUGCUAUAUAUUAUGGAAGAAAAUGUAAUCGUAAAUAUUAAUUUUGUACCUACAUUGUGCAAUACUUGAAAAAGGUAUAAAAGUAUUUUGAGUCAAUGUCUUAUGUUAAAGAGAGGGACUGAAAUAGUUUAUAUUAAG